AAGUGCCCGACUAAGCCGUUUUGGUUUGACACACAACUGCAUUCAUUUCUCCUCAGCAAACAUCUGACACCUGUCUCUCAUUUCGUGGCUGUAACUCCAAUAUUUAAGUGACAAAUCUUAGCUAUGGCAGCUCUAAAGUUUUCUGGCAUGGACGAUACUGAUAGUGAUGAUGAGUUACCCCCAGGAUGGGAGGAGAGAUCUACGAAAGAUGGUUGGGUUUACUAUGCAAACCAUGAUGAGAUGAAGACACAGUGGGAACACCCUAAGACAGGAAAGAAAAAACGUUGCGCUGGAGAUCUGCCUUAUGGUUGGGAGCAGGAAACUGACGAAAAAGGACAGAUCAUUUAUGUUGACCACAUUAACAAGCGGAGCUCGUAUUUUGACCCACGCCAGGCAUUUACAGUGGAGGAUGUGAUCGUGAAGCCGAAACGAUAUGAUGGAAACACCGCCGCUUUAGAGAUUCUGCAAGGUCGCGACCUGUCUGACAAGGUUGUCGUCAUUACUGGAGGCAACUCUGGCAUCGGCUUUGAGACAGCCAGGUCUUUCGCUCUUCACGGUGCCCAUGUGAUCCUGGCCUGUCGAAACCUGUCCCGGGCCAACAAGGCGGUCAGGCUCAUACAGGAGGAGUGGCACAAAGCAAAAGCUGAGGCCAUGAUGUGCAACCUGGCCUCUCUUCGCAGUGUCAGGGAAUUCGCAGAGUCUUUCAAAGCCAAGAAACUGCCUCUGCAUAUUCUGGUGUGUAAUGCAGCAGUGUGCACCCAGCCUUGGACCCUGACGGAGGAUGGCCUGGAAUUAACUUUCCAGGUCUGUCAUCUGGGUCACUUCCUCCUGGUGCAGUCCCUGCAGGACGUCCUCCGUCGUUCAGUCCCUGCCCGAGUGGUGGUGGUCUCUUCAGAGUCUCACAGGUUCACAGACUUGCUCGACUCAAGUGACAAGGUGGACUUGGCCCUCCUGUCCCCCUCAAAGAAGGAGUACUGGUCCAUGCUGGCUUACAACCGGGCCAAACUCUGCAACAUCCUCUUCAGCAACGAGCUUCACCGACGUCUUUCGCCUUAUGGCGUGACUUCCAACGCAGUGCAUCCUGGGAACAUGAUGUACACCUCCAUUCACAGAAGCUGGUGGCUGAUGACCUUUCUUUUCACACUGGCCAGACCUUUCACAAAGUCCAUGCAACAAGGUGCGGCCACCACAGUGUACUGUGCAGUAGCUCAGGAGCUGGAGGGUUUGGGGGCCAUGUACUUCAACAACUGCUUCCGCUGCCAGCCAUCCCUCCAGGCCCAGGAUCAUAGCAGUGCUGCCAGCCUGUGGGAGCUGAGUGAGCGCCUGAUUGCGGAGAGGUCAGUGGGGGUACAGGCUCUCUAAACAGACAGAAGACGAGGAGGAGGAGGAUGAGGAAGAGGAUGGGGCCAAGCCAAACAUGAAGCAGCUGAUGUUGACUUAGGUAUGAAGCUAAUAAAAGAUUUUUUGACUGCACUGUACAAAAGCUGCCAAACCACAGAAGUCCAUCUGGAUAUGUCACAUCACUUUGGGGCUAAAACACGCUACAUAUAACGCACAGGAGGGGUUUCCAUAUACAUCUGGGCUCAGCUCUGCUGUGAUACUUUACAAUGGGAAGUUAAGGAUAAGGGAAGUUUUUUUGCAAGAGUUGCAGAGUUCACAUAAGCAAAUGACCUGUUGUGAUGACAGUACAGGGUUUUCUCAUAAGCGUACACAUUGUGGUUUAUGCAUCAGAUUGCAGCAAUAGUGCACUAUAUUGCAAAUAUUGUGUCUUCCCAAUUAAUGUCUGUAUAUUCAGUGUCCUCUCGUCUAUUCCUAUGAUGGGUUUCCUGAUGAGUUAUAGACAAGCAUUGGUCAAUCGUUGUGCUCAGUCCUUUUGGGCAAAAAUGAAUACAAAGUAAUUGGCAUGUGACACUUGUGGAUAUAUAAACACAUUAGAGGUAUGAUUCGUAUGGCUAUGUACAUUAUUUAGCAAUAAUUUACUUCUUAUCAACAUCCCUAUUUGUUUUCUGUACAAUAUUAACAACCUCCUGAUUUAUAGGGGUUUGCUAAAGGGAUGUGGACAUUAUAAAUUUUCUCUUUGCUAUUUGACUCAAACUAAAGUAUUGAUAAUCUGCUCUCUGGUAAAUCUUAAUUUCAAUUAGGAGGUAUUUGAGGGAUGAUAUUUGUCCAUUUGGAUAGAGAUGGUAGAAACUCUUAUCUAUGGGAUCCUUAAUUUCUAUGCAUCUUCCCUUGUUGUUUAACCAGAGUGGGUGAUUCCAGUGUCCUAUUUUUUUCAGUUUUUGUAUUCUGUUUUGUGGAUCGGUUCUCCUGAAGCCGCUGGGUGGUGGGUGGGGCGCAUUUGAGACAUUGUGCUUUGUGGCAGUCCAGGUGCCGCAGGUUGUUCGAGAAACAUCAUUCCAGUGUCAUGAUAUCUGUAAAAAGAAGAAGAUGAAAGAAAAAACAAGAAAAAUUAAGAAUAAAAACUCAAGAAAACUGUCUUUCACAGUUCCAUUUUACAUCAUUUUAGUACAAUGAUCCAUUUGCAAAUAUGACAAUUUCUUCAAUAUGAC